GGUUUGGCAAGAUUUCUGAGGGAAGGGCAAGAGAGCGGAGACAGACAGAGCGAGAAAAGUCUGUGGAAUAGUUUUGACCAGUUUUUACUUCACUAUAUUGAACUUACUUUUGUAUAGCUGUGAUUCUUCUCCUGCUGGUGACGACUCAGUGGGUUUGGGGAUUUGGUUUCAGCACUAGGGUGCACUCGUGUCUAUUGCCCAGGCCAGUGCAGCAGCAGUGAUGAACUGGUCGGGACUGGAGAGUCUGUUGAGUGGAGUCAAUAAAUACUCCACUGCGUUCGGGAGGAUUUGGCUGUCCAUGGUCUUUGUGUUCCGUGUCCUGGUGUUUGUGGUGGCAGCGCAGAGGGUUUGGGGUGAUGAAAGCAAAGACUUUGUUUGUAAUACUCGACAGCCUGGCUGCACCAACAUCUGCUAUGACCACAUCUUCCCCAUCUCCCACAUCCGUCUGUGGGCGCUGCAGCUGAUUUUUGUCACCUGCCCGUCUCUGAUGGUGAUGGCUCAUGUCAAGUACCGUGAAGGAAAGGACAGGAAAUAUGUGGAGCUGCACCACGGCUCUCACCUGUACGCCAACCCUGGAAAGAAGAGAGGGGGCCUGUGGUGGACCUACCUGCUGAGUUUGGUCUUCAAAGCUGGAUUCGACACAUCAUUUCUUUACAUCCUGUAUCGGAUAUACCACGGAUAUGACCUGCCGAGGUUAUCCAAGUGUUCACUGGAACCCUGCCCCAACACCGUGGACUGCUUCAUCAGUCGUCCAACAGAGAAAAAGAUCUUCAUGUUGUUCAUGGUCAUAUCCAGCGCGCUGUGCAUCUUCAUGUGUAUCUGCGAGAUGUUUUAUCUCAUCGGUAAGCGCAUUGCCAAGUUGUUGAGGGUCCGCCAAGACAACGAGAGGCUCCUAUUUGCCGAGCAGCAUGAGCUCACCAACAUGGCCCCGCCCAGAUCCCAGUAUCGUAAGACUGAUCCAACACUGUCAGACAGCCAGCUGAGUUUGAACAAGAGGGAGAAGAUCAGAGAAGGUGGCAUAACUACGACCUUGUAGGACUCAGGGGUCACCAAACUGGGCAUUUGUUUCUUACGGGUGGCCACACAACAGGACCAAAAGUUACCUGAUAAAGUUAUGAGACCAAAAGACUGAUAAAAGGGUUCAUCCUGUGUAUCGUGAUCCUGUGACCCAGCUCACCAUGAAACAUUUAUGACUCUCCGUUGGAAGGCUCUCUAACUCCGGCUGGUUGUAUGUUACAGAACACUGUUAAAGAAAAGGACUUCUAGUGUUACUAUGGAUAUGACAUUUCUAUCUUUGUGCCAACUUAUGGCUGACUAUACAAGGACAAAUAUCCAGGAGCUGGCUUUCAUAUGUCAUGAUACUGUGAUGGUGUGUUUCAGGGCAUUGUUGGUUAUGAAUCAACAUCAAUAUGUUGUAUGUCUUGUUACACAUCACACCUUGGUGUAAGUAAAUUUCAGCACUUGUCUUGGUAUGUUCAACACUGUUAAUAGCUUUAUCAAUUGCGUGAAUAAGAGGACGCUUCUGGUUCUCUGUGCGUUCAUAUUUUUUUCUACUAAAGGCACCAAAAUGUCACUGGGAAUUUGAUGAGCUGACGCCUGACAUAAGUGUUGUUAUCCAACAAGAUUUAAGGUCUCAUGUCCAUCAAAGCGUUUUUUUGUCCCAGCCGAAGAUGCCAGGCACUCCUCAAGAAAGUGCUUGUGCAGCGUAUGUUCAGCUGAGACGCUUGGUUAUGUCUAGUUGCUAUAAUACGGAAUAUCCACAGAAGUAAAAACUUCAGUGCGAGGUGGAACACCUAUUCUGGGUAAAGAGGAGGCUAAAGCACAUGGGGAGAGGACAGACCCACCAGUUUAUGUUUGUUCAUGAGAGGAACAUAUAUAUAUAUAUAUAUAUAUAUAUAUAUAUAGUGUAUUAACAUAUUUUUCCUCCAUUGUUGUUGUUGAUCAGCGCUUGUUCAUGUAAGAUGUCAUGGUUGAUCUUGGUGGUAUUCGUCCCUCCUCUCCACUGUGAUCGGACGGCUGAGUGAAAAGUGACAGUAAUGGGUGCAGCAUUUGACCCAAAGUUAAACAUUGUUCGACUCACCAAAAGUGCCGACUAGAUUCUCUUUGCCUUGUCACGCUGCUGGCGUCUCUGACAUAGCCUAAUUACAUGGCGCUGCCAUUACGAAUAAUUGGACAAAUACGCUGGCCGCAGGAAAAUCGUUUUGGGGGACACAGCCCCUAACUUUUUGUCCCUAAAGUCCUGAAAGAUAGAAUUUUUUUAUGUUGUGCAAAUAGUUUAAAAAAAAAAAGAUCACUUUUGGCACUUUCAAGGCUCGGUAUGAAAUGGUCUAAGUCUUUUUAUGGAUAUUUGCUAGGAGGAUAUUUCUAACCGGCUGGACACGAGCUGAGCUGGCAGAGUGAUGUUACAGGACAAGGUAAUUUGUACUUUCAUCAUUGGUUAAAUCCUCAGAGACAGGAUCAGCAGACCACUUCUGCUCUGAUCGAGUCAACUGGAAUGUCAUAAUGUGGUCCAAUAGUUUCUUUUUAAGACUUGCUUUUACUGACCCAUACAAUGCUAUAGCUUAUUUAAUUGUCUGUAAAAUAAAAUGCUGAGCUAUGUGUCUAGACAA